CCUCUGUCGGCCCGCCCGCCCGCCGCCAUGGCCGACUAUCUCAUCAGCGGCGGCACCUCGUACGUGCCCGACGACGGGCUCACGGCGCAGCAGCUCUUCAACUGCGGGGACGGCCUCACCUACAAUGACUUCCUCAUCCUCCCGGGCUACAUCGACUUCACUGCAGACCAGGUGGACUUAACUUCUGCCCUGACCAAAAAGAUCACGCUGAAGACUCCACUGGUUUCCUCACCUAUGGACACAGUCACAGAGGCUGGGAUGGCCAUCGCAAUGGCGCUUACAGGUGGCAUUGGCUUCAUCCAUCACAACUGUACGCCAGAGUUCCAGGCUAAUGAAGUUCGGAAAGUGAAGAAAUACGAGCAGGGAUUCAUCACAGACCCUGUAGUCCUCAGCCCCAGAGAUCGAGUACGGGACGUGUUUGAAGCCAAGGCCCAGCAUGGCUUCUGUGGUAUUCCCAUUACUGACACGGGCCGAAUGGGGAGCCGUCUGGUGGGCAUCAUCUCCUCCAGGGACAUCGACUUCCUCAAGGAGGAAGAGCAUGAUCGUUUCUUGGAAGAGAUCAUGACAAAGAGGGAUGACUUGGUGGUAGCCCCUGCAGGCGUCACGCUGAAGGAAGCAAAUGAAAUUCUGCAGCGCAGCAAAAAAGGAAAGUUGCCCAUCGUAAAUGAAGAUGAUGAGCUGGUGGCCAUCAUUGCUCGAACAGAUCUGAAAAAGAACCGGGAUUACCCCUUGGCCUCUAAAGAUGCCAAAAAACAGCUGCUGUGUGGUGCAGCUAUUGGCACUCAUGAGGAUGACAAGUAUCGACUUGACUUGCUGGCCCAGGCUGGCGUGGACGUUGUGGUUUUGGACUCUUCCCAGGGAAACUCCAUCUUCCAGAUCAACAUGAUCAAGUACAUCAAAGAGAAAUAUCCUAGUCUUCAAGUCAUUGGAGGCAAUGUGGUCACAGCUGCUCAGGCAAAGAACCUUAUUGAUGCUGGCGUAGAUGCCCUGCGGGUAGGCAUGGGCAGUGGUUCCAUCUGCAUCACCCAGGAAGUGCUAGCCUGUGGACGGCCCCAAGCAACAGCAGUAUAUAAGGUGUCAGAAUAUGCACGGCGCUUUGGUGUUCCUGUCAUUGCUGAUGGAGGAAUCCAAAAUGUAGGUCAUAUCGCUAAAGCCUUGGCUCUUGGUGCCUCCACAGUUAUGAUGGGCUCCCUCCUGGCUGCUACCACAGAGGCCCCUGGCGAGUACUUUUUCUCUGAUGGAAUAAGGCUAAAGAAAUACCGCGGUAUGGGCUCUCUUGACGCUAUGGAUAAGCAUCUCAGCAGCCAGAACAGAUAUUUCAGCGAAGCUGACAAAAUCAAGGUGGCCCAGGGUGUGUCUGGGGCUGUUCAAGACAAAGGCUCCAUCCACAAAUUUGUACCUUACCUCAUUGCUGGCAUCCAGCACUCUUGCCAGGACAUUGGUGCCAAGAGUUUAACCCAAGUUCGAGCCAUGAUGUAUUCUGGGGAGCUCAAGUUUGAAAAGAGAACGUCUUCAGCUCAGGUGGAAGGUGGUGUCCAUGGCCUCCAUUCGUACGAAAAACGCCUUUUCUGAAUAGGGAUUCUGCACACUCAGCUGGUUUUUUUGUUUGUUUUUCAAUAAAAAUUUGAAAAA